GCGGGAUUACCUCCAAAAGAACUUAAAAAAGGGAUUUAUUAGACCAGGACAUGGCCCAAUGGCCUCUCCAAUUCUGUUCGUAAAGAAGCCGAACGGGAAGUGGCGACUGUGUGUCGACUACCGACGGUUGAACAACGUUACGGUCAAGAAUCGGUAUCCCUUACCACUCAUAGGAGAGCUCAUGGAUCGACUCCAGGGAGCCAAGUGGUUUACGAAGUUCGAUGUCCGCGAAGGAUUCUAUCGGAUUAGAAUCAAAGAAGGACACGAGUGGAAAACGGCCUUUAAGACAAAGUAUAGACUGUACGAAUAUACGGUUAUGCCGUUCGGAUUAACGAACGCGCCAGCAACCUUUCAGUCAGUCAUCAACAAGGCACUCCACGAAUACUUAGGAAUCUUCGUUACGGCCUACCUAGAUGAUGUACUGGUGUACACCAACGGUACGCUAGAAGAACAUGUCGAACAUGUCAAAAAGGUACUACGGAAGCUUAAGGAGUACAAGCUGUACCUCCAAGCCAGCAAGUGCGAAUUCUAUACGAAGGAAACCGAGUACCUAGGCUUCAUAAUCUCGAUAGAGGGUGUUAAGAUGAAUCUAAAGAAGAUCCAGACUGUACAGGAAUGGCCAACCCCUAAAAUAGUCAAGGACGUGCAAUCCUUUCUAGGAUUUGCGAACUUUUACCGAAAGUUCAUAGGAACUACUCCUAGAUUGCUACCCCUCUUACGGAGAUUACGAAGAAAGAAGUUGGGUUUAAAUGGACUCAAGAUUGCCAGGAAGCGUUUGAGACGCUCAAGCAGGCAUUCUUGGAGGCACCCGUACUAGAGAUGUACGACCUAAGACGAGAAACGCGAGUCGAGACCGACGCGUCAGAUUAUGCACUCGG